AAAACUACGAAAUCUAAACAAGCAAUAUCAUCAAUAAGAGCAGAAAGAAAUAUAAGAAUAAUGGCGAUGGCAAGCACCACCAAUGUCUUUCUUGUCAGCAUCUUGCUCCUCAAUCUGUUGAUCUCCACCACAUCUCAGGAGGAGAAGUUUUGUGUGCCAAAACCAGACACUAAUGAUCAAGCCUUGCAAGCAAACAUUGACUAUGCUUGCGGCAGCGCUGGCGUGGAUUGCAAGCCCAUUCAACCUGGUGGAGAUUGCUUUGAACCCAACGAUUUGAAAGCUCACGCAGCUUUUGCCAUGCAUGCUUACUACAACGCCAAUGGCCGCAAUGACCACAACUGCGAUUUCGCUCAAACUGGAACCUUCACCAAUCAGAAUCCAAGCACCGACAAGUGCGUCUUUCAGUGAGAUCACAAGAGGAAUAUAUAUAAUUGGCAGAUCAAAGGCUGCUUUCAGAGCAAGACAUUUUUGUUAUUUAGAGCUGGUAGUGUUUUUGAUGAACAAGUGUACUCAUUUUUAAUAAA